AUGUUCGCAACCUUUUACGCCUCGGAGCCCACCUCGCCAGCGACUACUUUCAUUUCCUCGGGGCCUGCGGAUCUCCAGCCGUCCCAGGGCGGCGAUUCGGCAACACCGGGUGGCGGCGCCGGGGUGGGCGCCGGCACGGGAUCAUCGUCAGCCACCGGCAGCGGCGGCGCCGGCAACACCACCACACAACCCGGCGUGCUCCGGCCAAAACGAAGUCAGGUCGCCCGCGCCUGCGACUGGUGCCGCAUCCAUCGGAUCAAAUGCGACACGAACCAGCCAUGUCGCAACUGCGAGGCGCGCGGUGGCCAGUGCAGCAACAGCGGCAAGAUGGGCGAGGUGCGCACCCUGCCGCGGGCCAUUCGCGAGAUUGAGAGCUUGCGGUUGCGGGUCAAGGACCUCGAGGCCCAGCUCGAGGCGACCAAGGGGCCAUCGGACGCCGCCGAAUCGACGACGAGGAGUCCGUCGAGGUCGCAGACGCCGAGCUCGGUCAGCGGCUCGUGGGAGGUGCCAGCGCUCCUCGGAAUGCACAGCGGUGGCGCCACCAGCAGUGCAAGCCCAAACAUCCAUCUGCAUGCUGGUGGUUUCGGCACGCCGCAGUUCUACGGUCCCUCGUCGACGAACUACUUCGUCGACCGGAUCACCAGCUACCUCAAAAGCGUUGUCCCCCAACCCUUUCUCCAGCCCAUGCUCGAGAAUGGCACAGGCCCAGACGUCGAGCAGCCGCAGUUUUCGCAACAGCAGCACUAUCGCAGCCCAAUGUCUGGUCGCAACCUGACUGGCGCACAGGAGGUCUACUUCCUCGACCUGUAUUGGCGCUCGUGGCACACCAUUCACCCAGUGCUCGAUGAGGCGGACUUUCGUGCGCAUUACAAGUCGCUCUGGGCCGGUUCGCACUCGACGGAUGCGAGACUGCCGUCGGCGCUUGUCGACAUUGUGCUCGCCCUGUGCAUGCAGUUCAGCGUGGCCUCCACCCCUCGCGACACCUCGUUUGAGACCUCCUCGCCAGAACCCGCCUCGAGCGCCGGCCGCUUCCUGCACCAUCGAGCCCAAGACAUCCUCGCCACGUCAUUAGAGUCGCCAAGCCUCGCAACGCUGCAGUCCCAAUUCCUGUCAGCCGUCUACCUCGCAAACGCGUCGUACCUGACCACGGCCCACGCGACCCUCGCCUCGGCUGUCCGAACAGCCCACGCCCUCGGCCUCCAUCUUGACCCGCCAACGACCCUGCCGCGGCCGCAGGCCGAGCUGCACCGCCGCGCCUGGUGGUGCCUCUUUGCCCUCGACACGCGCCUCAGCAUCCGCCUAGGCCGCCCUUGUGCAACCCACCUCGCGCAGACGACUUGUGCUCUGCCGUCCGACGACCCGUCUCUCGAAUCCGUGACGGCAGACUCGACCUCUCGCCCGUCCCGGCUUCUCUACACCUGCACGCGCGAUGCCGCGCCAGCGGAGAGGGCGGCGCGCCACGGCGUUGCCGCGACGCACAUCCUGCAGCAGGCGGGCGGUGGUCCGCUUGACAUGGGGUGGUCGGAGCCGGUGCUCCUGGCGUGGAACGCCGCAGUCACGCUCGCAGGGUACAUUGCUGCAUAUGGCAGCGACGGAUCUGUAGGUGGCGGGGCGAGAGCGGCGGUCUGGCGGGCGAUCGAGGUGCUCGAGGGCUUCGGUGCCGGUGAGGCGGCGGCGGCGGUGCGAGAGCUCGUGGGACGGGCGGAUAUCGUCGCUGUCGGGGGCAGCGUUGAUCCUGGGCUUGGAGCCCAAUUUGGGGGAUUCGGAACAGGGUUCGGGGAGGCUGGCGACGGGUACCACAGAAAAGCCGCCGAUGGCAGCUCCGAUGGCAUAAGACCGACACGGUUGAGCCAAAGUCCGACAGCCAAGUAG